ACUGUACUUUCAGGGAAAAUAGAACGGUGAAAAAGCAUGCGAAGCUCGUUCGGAUUUGCACAGAUUCUUACCAAAUCGACCUCGCUCUUCUUCAGUCCAUUCACUCAGUCUCAGAGAAUUAACUUGCAGAAUUUCUCUAUCUGCAAAACCUUCAAAUCCUCUAGCUCGCUCCGUUCCUUUGCGAUUAUGGCCAGCGCUGAUGAGUUCGUCAAGGGAAUCGUCCACCCGAACGGUGUCGCCGUAAUUACACUCGAUCGUCCCAAAGCUCUUAACGCAAUGAACCUAGAUAUGGAUAUUAAAUAUAAAAGCUAUCUUGAUGAAUGGGAAUCAGAUCCAAAUGUGAAGUGUGUUCUGAUUGAUAGCAGCUCAGCUCGCGCCUUUUGUGCAGGAAUGGAUAUUAAAGGGGUUGUCGCUGAAAUUCAGAAGGACAAAAACACACCUCUUGUUCAGAAGGUGUUCACUGCAGAAUAUUCUCUGAUAUGUAAAAUCUCCGAGUACAAGAAGCCUUACAUAAGUUUCAUGGAUGGCAUAACAAUGGGCUUUGGAAUUGGCUUAUCAGGUCAUGGUCGCUAUCGGAUAAUAACCGAGAGGACUGUUCUUGCUAUGCCAGAAAAUGGAAUUGGUUUAUUCCCAGAUGUUGGGUUUGCAUAUAUAGCAGCAAAAAGUCCAGGAGGUGGCUCUGUUGGUGCUUAUCUUGGAUUGACUGGAAAAAGGAUUUCUACACCUUCGGAUGCACUAUUUGUAGGCCUUGGAACACAUUUCGUGCCAUCUGGAAGCUUGGGUUCACUAAAGGGAGCUCUUUUGUCAACAACCUUUUCCCAGGACCCACAUGAGGAUGUUAAAGCACUUCUGGGGAAAUUCAGUGGCAACCCCGAGUCUGAGGCCCAGCUAAGGUUGCUUUUACCUCAAAUAAGUUCGUCAUUUGGUGCAAAUAAGUCGGUUAUUCAGACAAUUGAGGAACUGAAAAAGCAACAGCAGAGUUCAGAUGCUACUGUCGUUGAAUGGGCUAAUGAAGCUCUUCAAGGCAUUGGAAAAGGUUCUCCUUUUUCACUUUGUUUGACACAAAACUAUUUCUCCAAAGUUGCCUCUGCACAUGGAAGAAGUGACAAUGCAUUAUCCACGCUAACCGGUGUGAUGAAAACUGAAUAUCGCAUUGCUUUGAGGUCUUCUCUGAGGAACGAUUUUGCUGAAGGUGUACGGGCAGUUUUGGUGGAUAAGGAUCAGAGUCCCAAGUGGAACCCGUCUAGAUUGGAGGAAGUCGAAAAUAAGGACGUCGAAGCUGUCUUUGGACCACUGGAUCCAAAUGUUGACGAGUUGCGUGUGUAGCCUAUUCUUACGUUUUCUUUUAGCAAAUAGACAAGUCAUUUUACCAAAACAGAAAAGAAGAGGAAGCAAUAAUAGACAAGUCGGUAGAUAACAUUGGAUUAUAUUCACAAUUGUGUGCCAAUAAGUUAACACCAUAUUAUCAAAUAGUCAUUUUCCUUGA